AUUCAGUAUCUCAAGAAGCAACCUCCGGGUGGAUUUGUCGUGCGCACCAGCUCCCGAUACCCCGGUUUCUAUGGUUUGAGCAUCAAAACCAAGGACCAAGAUAACAGCGACAAUUACAACGGAACGGCAAAUGAGCAGUCUAUUAAACACUUCCUGAUAGGAGACAGUGGAGAUGGGCAAAUCCAAAUUCAAGGAGCUGAGAUGGAACCGAAAUUUAAGAACUUGUCGAAUUUAAUAGCUUACCACUGUCAGUAUUCAAGAGCCUUGCCUUGUGUCUUGCGUCUUCCAGGCUAUUCCGCCUCCUCUACUCUCAGCUUGGCUCCUAUGGAUGUCCAGAUUCCGCCACUUCGAUACAACGAUAGUGAAGCUGUAGAAUCCAUUUAUCUUGAUUUCAUGCGGGCCCGCUGGUCUUCAUAUCUUGUUCGUUGGUCUAGAACAAAGAAUAGGCGUGGUGGUGGUGGUUUGGCCUUCAAACGUCAACGUUAA